UUUAAGUGAGAACAACAAUAUCUCUAUCAAAUCAAAAUAAAUUCUUAUUAAAGCAAAAUUAUAAAAUUAAAAUUGACUUAUUAGCCGUUACCGUUGACCACGAACCUUUAGUGUUAUGCGACCACUCAUCGUAUUAAUAAUGAAUUCUUUACUCACGAGUGUAAUAGUAAUAGUCGUGGUUGUUUUAUGUUUGAGCAGAACAAGCGAUCAAUAUGUUGUACCAUCUACCGUAACGUUAGACAUACCCAAUCAGGGCACGAUUCAGGGUGAUUACGAGACAACAUUAUGGUCUCAGCAGACAUUUAUGCGUUUUCGCGGUAUACCAUUUGCUGAGUCACCGCGUGGUCCAUUACGUUUUAAGCCUCCUAUUAAACGUCUGCCAUGGCGUCAUGUCUUAGAUGCCACAACUUACGGACGUCGCUGUCCAGUUAUUACCACAAUCUCACAACUUAGCAACGCUGAAAUGAAACAGGAUUUGGAAGAUUGUUUGAAUUUAUGUGUCUACACCAAAAAUUUAACAGCUAAAAUGCCAGUUAUGUUUUACAUUUAUGGUGGCGGUUUCUAUAAUGGUUCAAAUAUCGAUCAUCCUCCACGACAUCUCUUGGAAAAAGAUGUUGUUUUAGUUGUGCCCAAUUAUCGCAUCGGAGCUUUAGGAUGGUUAUCUACGCUCAGUGAAGAAAUGCCGGGUAAUGCUCCAGUUGGCGAUUUACUUUUAGCUCUCCAAUGGGUUCAAGAUUAUAUACACCUAUUCGGUGGUGAUCCAAAACAAGUGACUAUAUUUGGACAAAGCGCUGGUACGGCCAUGUCAGGUGUCUUGUUAUUUAGUCCCAAUACACCAAUAGAAUAUUUUCAGAGAUCAAUUGUACAAUCUGGUUCGAUAUUUGGUACAUGGGCUAUAAAUCGCGAACCCUUAGAACAAGUUAAACGAAUUUGUUCGAAUUUGAUGUGUGAUAAGUGUGAAAGUAAACAAGAACUUUACGAAUGUUUAAGAAAUGUUAAGGUUUCUAAACUAUUGGAAGUCACCCAAUCGGAAUCAUUUGCACCUAUUAUGGGUGAUUUCUAUGAAAUUUUACCAUCUGAACCAGAAAGUUUGUUAAAAGAUUUUAAUCGAUCCGUGCCUAUUAUGACAGGAUUUACUAAACAUGAUGGUACUUUUGUAUUGGCCUCCUAUUAUGAUGCAAUGAAAUCAUAUAUAGAAAAUCUUAAUACUGUUAGUGUCCGAGAUUUUGCCAAAGGAUUACUAGACAUGUCUAUGGAUAAUACUGGCCUUUCGAAAAAUCUUUUAACAAAACUUUUAUUUUCGAAAAAUCUGCUAGAUAGUAAUGACCACAAAAAUGCCACACCCGCCUAUUUUGAUCUAACCAGUAUUAUAGCCAUGAAAUCCCCUGUUUUGACUUUGGCUAAGAAUAUGCUAAACAAAAAUCUAGCACCCGUUUAUUUGUAUAGUUUUGAUUAUGAAGGUUCAAAUACUCGCUUUGGUUACGAAUUUGGCAAUGAACAUUAUCCAUUUGAAGGUGGUGUACAUCAUUCUAAUGAUAAUAUUUACUUAUUUUCAACACAUCAUUUAAAUGAGGAAGAUACAAAAAUGGCUAUGAAAAUGGUAGAGAUAUGGACAUCAUUUGCCAUCGAAGGAAAGCCACACAUACAAAAUGAUAUUGAAAUUUUACCCAUGAAGACUGAUAGUGGUCCAUAUUUUCGUAUUAAUAGUGAUAUAAGCUUGGGUCAAGAUGUUUAUGAAGAACUUACCAUUACCAUAGAUGAUCCAAAUAAUGAAAGAUUUAUAAGAAAAGAUAUUGAAUUUUAAAUGUUGUUUUUUUUACACUUACUACUUGCUUAAAAUCAAAAUUUUAUUUGUUUAAGCUUAAUAAGCAUUUUAUUGGACUAAAUUUGAUUAUAAAAAAUAGUUAUUUUUUUGUAUUAAUAUAGUACAUUUUAUAUAUAAAAAAAUUAUUAUUAUUAUAUGUUAAUUAAAUUAAUUACAUUUUAAAAAGUGAAAUAAUAAACAAUAAAAUACACAACAUUAGCUGCCAUUUAAUUUUGCUACUACA